CCUGUUCCCCACUUUGCAAGAGUCAGCAAGGCUCCAGGCAGUAUCAGCCCCAAGCAUGGGGAGUAAAACCCUAGGCCCUUACCUCAUUAUCCUCAUGGUUUAGGGAGAUUUCUUACCCUGUUUUGGUGAGAAAGGGGUCCCUUUCCUCAGACAGGAAACAUCCUUGCAAUACAUUCCAUCCCUCACCCCCUGGUUGGGACAAUCUCUUCUACUGUUUCCAAAACUACCUAGUGGACUUGAAUUGUAGCUUUUAGACUUAAGAAAAACUUGAGAUCUAGCCCAAUUCUAUUUUAUUUUAUAACUAUUUUUGUAUUUCCUUUAUCUGGGUCAAUUAGGUCUAGGACUAGAGGCAUGGAAUGAUAGGGAAGUUAACAUUUGGACUGAGGUUAGGAUUUGAGAUAGGAAAUAAGGAAAAGAGUGAGGUUUUAGAUGGAUAAGAACUAGAAGAAUAAAGAAAAUGCUUAUGAUUUAGAUGUUUCCAAUGAGGAAUCUUUUUUUAACAGUUGGGGUCACUCAGACCAAUGGAUUUUGCCAGGUUAGAUUUGGAAAUGAGAUGAAAUUGCUGGGACAUUAAUUAAUGGAGCUAUAAAGAGAGGAGGAGACCAAAAAAGAACAGAAUGAAGGAAGGGAACUGAGAAGAAAAGAAGGGAAAAGAUCUGGAGUACAUACAAGUGGGAUCAUGAGUCGCAUUCUGGACCAGACUCCUUCAGAAUGGGAGAAGGGAAUAAUAUUAAGCACCUACUAUGUGCCAGGUAAUUUACAAAUAUCUGAUCCUCAACCGUGGGAGGUGGAUGCUCUUAUCUCCAUUUUAUAAUUGAAGAAACUGAGGUAGACAUUAAGUGGCUAACCCAGAGUCACAGUGUCUGAAACUGGAUUUGAACUUAGAGCUUUUUUACUCUAGGCCUAAAACUAUCCAAUGCAUUACUUAGCUGCCUUGAAGAAUCUGGCCUUAUUCCUGGUAAGAAAGAAUUAAUACAAAGACCAAAAGGGGGUAGAGGGAGUAUUAAAGCCGGCACGGUGGGAAGGGAAUAUUGCCUAUUAUGAAUAAUAUCUGCUGAAUUAAAAUUUGUAAGGAUGUUGAAGGGAUGGAGGCUGUGGAGAGUAUGGCCGUUUGAUCAGCCUGAAUUGUUCUCUUUGUCCAGAGCCUCAUCAAAAGGAAAUGGAGAUCUUUCUGGGGCCAUAAGAACAUCCUGGUGUUAGGGUGUCAGACUGAGCCAUCCUGCCAUAUUCUGGGCAUGGAGGAAAGUGUGGGGGUGCUCUGAGAAAGCAAUAUUCCCUUGUAGUUACAACCCCCAGGGUCAGGUUAGCUAGCCCUAACCUGGAAUUAUGUCAGGGUGAAGGAAUUCACUUGGUGAGUGAAGCAGGAUGGAGGUGGGACUUGGCUGGAGGUGGGGCUCCCCAAGGAAAAGGAGACCUGGUGGCCUCCCCGAGGGCAGCACCAGAGCAGAGCUGGCAGCAGCAUGAAGCAGAGCUGGGGACCAGGACUACUUAUACUGGAAGCACUGAUUCUCUCAAGGGGACUGCAUGCAGCUCAACAAGCCUGUGGGCAGCGAGGUCCUGGCCCUCCCACGCCUCGGGAGGCUUAUGCCAGGCCUGGAGAGUGGCCGUGGCAAGCAAGUGUGAGGCGACAGGGAGUUCACAUCUGCAGUGGGUCCCUGGUCUCGGAUACCUGGGUCCUCACGGCUGCCCACUGCUUCGACAGGACUUCUGUGACAGAUCUGAGGCCCUGGUCAGUGGUGCUGGGCUCUCUGCAGCAAGAUGGGAUUGGCUUAGGGGCAGAGGAAGUAGGCUUAACCUCCCUCCACCUCCCUCAGACUUACAGCCACUAUACUAAGGGCUCUGACAUGGCCCUCCUCCAGCUGAACCACAGCUUGCACCGAUCUCCCAUCUGCCUCCCCCAGCCCAGCCACCGCUUCCCUUUCGGAGCCUCAUGCUGGGCCACUGGAUGGGGCCAGGGCACGGCGAGGGCUCCCGGGAUCCUCCGCAACCUGCGUCUGCGUCUCAUCAGCCGCCCUACCUGUAACUGUCUUUACAACCGGCUGCAUUUGCGGCAGCUCUCCAGCCCAGCCCGGCAUGGGAUGCUGUGUGCUGGGGCCCCCCCUGGGGCUCAGGGCCCCUGCCAGGGAGAUUCUGGGGGUCCAGUGCUAUGCCAGGAGCCAGAUGGGCACUGGGUUCAGGUUGGAAUCAUCAGCUUCUCCUCAAGCUGUGCCCAAGAGGAUACCCCAGUGCUACUGACUGACCUUGCCGCCUAUACUCCUUGGCUGAGGACCCAGGCCUUGGGGGCUGUCUUUCUCUACCAGAGCCCAGAGAUCUUAGAGAGCAGUGAUGAGGACAGCUGCAUCCCCUGUGGUUCACUGAAGGGGAAGGACCCCCAUCCUGGAGCUCCUUCCCCAUGGCCCUGGGAUGUACAUCUAAGGCACCUUGGGCAGUUUGUAUGUGGUGGGGCCCUGGUAUCUGAAGAAGUGGUGCUGACAGCUGCCCAUUGCUUCAUUGGGCGCCAGACCUUGGAGGAAUGGACCAUAGGGUUGGGCAAGGGCGAGGUAGAGCGAGGGCUUCGCCAACUCACCCUUCAUGGUGCUUACACCCACCCAGAGGGUGGUUAUGAUAUUGCUUUGCUACUCUUGUCCCAGCCUGUCAUCUUGGGUCCCAGCCUUCGACCCCUCUGUCUGCCCUAUGCCUCCCACCAUCUACCUGAAGGGGCACAGGGCUGGGCACUGGGUAGAGCUCAAAAGGGGACAGAUCUUGACCCCUCCCUAGCAGUUCCUGUGACUCUCCUUGGACCUGGUGCCUGUAGCAGACUUCAUGCUGCUCCUGGGGGUGAGGGUAUCCCUAUCCUUCCAGGGAUGCUCUGUGGCAGUGCUGUGGGGGAACUUCUCCAGUGUGAGGGCUUGUCAGGAUCACCAUUGGUGCAUGAAGUGAUGGGCACAUGGUUCCUGGCAGGGCUACACAGCUUCAGUGAUGCCUGUAGGGGCCCAGUCCGCCCUGGGGUCUUUACUGCACUCCCUGCCUAUGAAGACUGGGUUAGCAGCAUAAAAUGGCAGGUCUAUUUUGCUGAACCUCCUGAAUCUGAGAUCGAAAACUGCCCUGCUAACCCAAGUAUGAAACCCAGCAAGCCCUCCCUACUCUACCUUACUGGACCUUCCCUACAUAAACCCUGACUUAAUUCUCAAAAAAAAAAAUUCUUGCACUGCUCUCUCCUUUCCCCUUUGCCCCUAGGACCAAGGGAAAUUAUCCCAACUUUAUCCCAAUUCCCAACUUUAGUCACAGGGAAAAUUAUAUCCCAGAUGAGUUCUGUCAACUGAAUUUCCUACUUCCUUCCCUUCUACCCCCAUUUCCUCCAUAGGAGCUGGUCCCUGUAGCUGGUGACUGAACUUCUCCAAGAUGCCUACAUUAUACAUGGACAGGCCAGAGGUAAACUUCCAAUUCAUUUACACCACACAUAACCCCUGUUCUCCCUUCCCCCUACCUCAUGCUUUUUUUUAAAUUUCAGGUGCCAAAGGAAUCAAGAUAUGAUGGCCUCAGGAAGAGACUGGGUUGUUACUCCCUCUUUAUGCAAGGGCAGGCCUCACUGAAAGAGACUAAAGUCUUGUGUACCUGGUUCUGUGGGAAUGCAGGAGCCUAUCUGGACUUGGGAAGAAAUGUGAACACUUCAGAGCCAGGAAAAGACAGAAGACAGAAUCAUCCCAAUCCCCUGCAAUCCCUGGCAGGAGAGGGAGAUCUCUUCCUAGAUGUUCAUCCCCCAAAUCCAACCAGUGCAUGUCCCAUCACAGAGCAAAAUCCCAUGAACAGACUUUCUUCCUUCAACUGCCAGAUACAUAAUACAUACUAUAGCAGCCAACUUUUUUCUUAAAAUUUCCUUUUUUUUUUUGGAGCAAAUUUUCCCUUUUUUAAAACUUAAAUAAAACCUUACAAAAUAGA